AUGCCAUUCUUUUUUGUUCUCGAAUUCUGUUCGUACAUAAACCGUAUUAGCUUGGGUAAUAUCCAAUUAACCGGUAUUAAACAAGAUCUCAACAUAUCGGUAACGGAGAGUAUGUGGCUCGUAUCUCUCUUUUAUGUAGCAUAUUUGAUCUUUGCAAUUCCAAGUGUUAUUCUUCAGCGCUUUCUUCGACCGACCUCUCAUUUGUCGUUGAGUCUUAUUGCAUUGGGGGCAUUUACUAUAGGUAUGGCUUUUGUAAAGAAUAUCAAAGUGCUGCUAGCCCUUCGAUUUCUACUUGGUUUGGCUGAAGCUGGUGUCUUUCCCGGAAUCAUCAUCUAUAUUUCUUUUUGGUAUCGCAAAAGAGAACAAGCUAUGAGAAUGGCCAUCUUCUUUGGCGCUGCCAUUAUUGCCGGUGCUGCUAGUGGCAUUUUGGCCUAUGGUAUCAUUCGAAUGAAUGGCAUGGCUGGUCUUGAAGGCUGGCGAUGGAUAUUCUUGCUGGAAAGUCUACCGAUUAUUCCACUCGGUAUUAUCACCUUUUUCUUCCUCGCAAACAUACCUGAGACAGUUCAAUGGUUGGAUCAUUGUGAAAGGGCGCUGCUCACGACUAUUCUCCAAGAGGAUGAGGGCAUGGCAAACACAUGUUGUGGAACAUUUUCUGCCUAUGUUAUCUUGUUAUCUUGGCUAACGAACAACGUGGGUGGACGUACGAAACGAGCGAUUAGUCUUGGCUUUGUGGUGGGUAUCGGCCAGAUUGGUGGUAUUGUGGGGCCUCUGGUGUACCGUAAUGUUGACAAUCCGACAUACAGACGAGGGAAUAUUAUCAAUACUGGAGUUGUAGUGGGCACUUUGGUAACGAUUAUUAUUCUACGCAUCUGUUUGGCGUGGGAAAAUCGUCGUCGAAAUAAUUUGUCGUACGAAGAGUAUCAACAAGAAGCAGCCGUUAAAGAACCAUGUGAUCGGCAUCCAGAAGUGCGCAUUAAAUAUAUUUUAUUUCUAUGA